GUGAUUUAUUGGCUUUGCGCUACGGUUUGCUGUUAUAUUUCCUUUUAAAAAUAACUUGGUAGUGAAUUAUGUCAUAUGUAGACGAUCAGGGAGAAGGUGGAGAGGAUAAAGACACCAUCGGUACUUAUGUAGGCGCUCGCAACGAUAAAGGAGAGAGGCACGGGCGCGGCUGGGCUCUGCUGCCAAACGGCGACUUCUAUGAAGGUUGCUACUGCCAGGGCAUGAGAAACGGGAAAGGCUUGUACGUAUUCAAGAACGGAGCUAGAUACGAUGGCGAAUGGCGCCAAUCCCUGAAAUACGGCGUGGGGACAAUGAUAUACCCGGAUGGAUCGCGGUACGAAGGAGACUGGAGACACGAUAUGAAACACGGAUUCGGGGCCUAUUACUACCCCAAUGGUGAUAUCUACGAAGGCGCCUGGUUUAAGGGCAAACGGCACGGGAUGGGAACCUACUUUUAUGCUGAGAGCCAAGCAAAAUUCAUGGGUACCUGGGUCAAUGGAGUCAUAGAUGGCCCUGGACAAAUCAUUUACCCAAGAGUACGAUUCCACGGCUCAUGGCUGAAGGGAAAACCGAAGGGUCCAGGCUGUUUCGUUUUCGACUCGAAUUGUAUGCAGCACGGCUUCUAUACUUGGAUCAAAAAACCUGAUCUUGCUGGAGGUGAAGAGGAAAGUGAAAUAGGAAGUCUAAAAGAGGAUGUGGGCGAGGAAGAAAUUGAUAAGGAUGCAGAUAAAAUACCUGUAUGGAGAUCCCGGUCGGUAACUGCAUAUGUGUCAGAGCUCAUGCCACCCGAACCAGUUCCACUACCAGUGCAUGACUCCCUGGCCUCACUGGUGGCUGAGUCGGUUGAGGCUUGUGCAAGUAUCCAAUUCGACCAGCCAUCGAUCUCUUGGCUUCUACACCGACAAAAAUUCAUUGAAGAAGCUGAGAAGCAAGAUGUUGCAAAUGAUGUGUAGAAUCACUUUCAAUUUAGUGUUUGAAUUUACACAG